AUGAGUCAUGAAUUGGAUAGAAUUCUCGGAGAAUUGCAACAGGAGGUCGAAGAACUUACCGCUGAUUUAGAACGACAAGGUAUUGACUUCAACAUUGACAAACACCAGUCCAGAAGCUUGAAUAACAGUAUACAAACAUCAUUGACUGGCGAUUACUCCUCCGAGUCUGACAUUGACCUAUUGUCACUAGAAGACAUAGAGGAAGAAGUAGCAAAAAUAGGCUCAAGUCUCAAAAAACAACCACUAAACAUCCCCUCUUCGUCAACAACACAAACUUCCUCAGCUACUAUCGAAAAAAUUAUCCCAUCAUCAUCUUCCUCGGUUACAUCAUCACGACGUUCAAGUGCUUCAUCGCUUCAUUCUCAACGUGGAAAGUUGCAACGUCCUGUCUCGCCUGCGUUGACAGCCCUUCAGACCUCGUUUAUAAAUAGCAAUAGAAUAAACACCUCGAUGGAUUCUAGCAAUUCGUCAUCACCAAAAUCGGCAAACACUAUUUCACCAUUAUCGCCACGUGGGAUUGAUUCUCUCCAUGCUAUAAUAAGCCCGAAUUUUGGACAGACGUUGGAAAAUUCCUUGCCGCAAAAAGACAUUGUAAAUAUUGUACCUAAAUUAGGCCUUCGCCAAAUGAUACAGUUGAAUAGUGACGACGAUAGUGAUUCUUCAGACAAUUCUGACUCGGAAACAGAUAGUGAUGCAGAUAGUGAUAGCGAUUAUAAUCCGUUAUCUAUGACACCACGCCGACCAUUAAAAACGCAGAGAUCCAUGACAGACUUAGCUAUAAAAUCUCGUCAACAUGAAAACUUGAAACGUUCCGUGUCAAAUGGCAAUAAAGCAAAUUUUAGUAAACCAUUAAAAAAACACACGCCUUCGCCACCAUCAUCGGCCAACACCGACUCAUCAAAUACCCAACAAUCCAAAAUUAAACGUCGACCAACAACUGCUCAUAUAAAACACAACGAGAUCCAGAAUCAGACGAAAACUUGCAUCAAAGAUCUAGGACUCGAGAACAUGAUACAGGAAUGCAAGAAAGAUCCAAAUCAAUGA